AUGGCGGCCAUUUCUCUUCUCGUUUAUUUCCGUUUCGAUUUCUUUCUUCUUUUUUUCUUUUACAUUUAUUUCUGUCAUGUUUUGUUCGUAAGCCCUUCACGACGUGAUGGAAGUGUUCUUAAAGAAUCGGAAAAGUGUUUGCCUCUGGAGUCAAAGGUCCGUCCGACGAAAAUAUUGAACCCCCAGAUCCUGAGUUCGAAACCUGGUGUCCUCCGUGCCCUCCGGACUGUUGCUGUUGGCUACUGCUUCCAACUGAAGUGCCCGUGUUCUGACACUGAGAGCUGUCUCCUCCACUACCCGAGGUGCAGGGUUUGCCGUCUUUCACCAGUACCGGCACGGCCACUCGACGGGGUGACGACUGACACCGGUUUUGUACUGUUUGUUGUUGGUUUUGGUUGCCUUGCUGUGUCUGAGACUGUUGUUCCAUCUUUUCUUUGUCUUUCUGCUGGCCUGUCUGUCUGUCUGCCUGUUUCGUUAGUUAGUUCUUUCUUUCUUUCUUUCUUUCUUUCUUUCUUUCUUUCUUUCGUUCUUUCUUUCUUUUUUUUUCCUGAGAUAUCUAUCUAUCUAUCUAUCUAUCUAUCUAUCUAUCUAUCUAUCUAUCUAUUAGUUUCUGCCCAUCUAUCUAUCUAUCUAUCUAUCUAUCUAUUAUCAUCUUAA